CCGAGCCCGGCGCAGCGCACGGCGCAGCGGAUCCAUUUUGCCUCGCUGCGCGCCGGCUCCGGGCAGCCUGGGCUGGCGGCGGGGGCUGGGCACGGUCCUGCGGGGCGAGCGCGGAUCCCUUGCACGCCCCCCGCCAUGGCCGUGGAAGGCGGGCUCGCGUGGGCGCUGGGGCGAGCGGCCGCUGCGCGCUGCUGAAGCUGCCCCCGGGGGCGCCCCGAAGCCGCCGGAGCGAACCUGACAAAAGGACGGGGCGUGAGACCGCUCCGCUCCGCUCCGGGCUCGCGGGGCUGCGGCGCGGGGCUUUGUGUUCGGCUCUGGUCCCAGGAGCUGGAAGCUGAAACGCUGCUGAAAUUUGCCCGGGUUUCUGGUCGUUUCCUGGUGGAUCCCCCCCCCCCCCGGAUUGCAACAUCGCUCUCGGCUUCCCCUCUGGCUCGGCCGCGCGGGGAUUUGCUGACUAUGGAGACAGUCGAGAAGGAGUGCGGAGCCCUGGGGGGCCUUUUCCAAGCCAUCGUCAACGACAUGAAGAGCUCCUACCCCAUCUGGGAAGAUUUCAACUCCAAGGCAACUAAGCUGCACUCCCAGCUCAGGACUACAGUGCUGGCAGCAGUCGCCUUCCUGGACGCCUUCCAGAAAGUGGCAGACAUGGCCACCAACACACGAGGGGCCACAAGAGACAUUGGCUCGGCACUGACCCGGAUGUGUAUGCGGCACCGCAGCAUCGAGGCCAAGCUGAGGCAGUUCACCAAUGCCCUGAUGGAGAGUCUCGUCAACCCCCUGCAGGACAGGAUUGAGGAUUGGAAGAAAACAGCCAACCAACUGGAUAAGGACCAUGCGAAAGAGUACAAGCGAGCCCGCCAUGAGAUAAAGAAGAAAUCCUCUGAUACGCUGAAGCUGCAGAAGAAGGCCCGCAAAGGGAAGGGGGACCUACAGCCCCAGCUGGACAGUGCUCUCCAAGACGUCAAUGACAUGUACCUCCUUCUGGAAGAGACUGAGAAGCAGGCUGUCCGCAAGGCCCUCAUUGAGGAGAGGGGCCGCUUCUGCACUUUCAUCACCUUCUUGCAGCCAGUGGUGACUGGCGAGAUCACCAUGCUGGGAGAGAUCACUCACCUGCAGGGCAUCAUGGAGGACCUGGUGGUGCUGACUGCAGAGCCGCACAAGCUGCCCCCUGCCAGCGAGCAGGUGAUCAAAGACCUGAAAGGCUCUGACUACAGCUGGUCCUAUCAGACUCCUCCAUCCUCCCCCAGCAGUUCUGGCUCCCGCAAGUCCAGCAUGUGCAGCAGUGUUAACAGUACAAAGGGUGGUACCGCUUGGUCCAGCGGGUCCCAAACAUACUCACCAGGUUCCACCUAUCGCUACCGCAGCCUGGCGCAGCCGGUUAAUGCCAACACCCGCCUGUCCAGCGUCUCCUCCCACGACUCUGGCUUCAUCUCCCAGGAUGCCACGUACUCCAAGCCGCCUUCUCCGAUGCCAUCUGACAUCACCAGUCAGAAGUCCUCCAGUUCCGCAUCCUCCGAGGCCUCGGAAACCUGCCAGUCAGUUAGUGAAUGCAGCUCCCCCACCUCGCUGAAACCUAUGAAUGUAGCUCAUGUGGCCAGGACUGAAGGAAGCUCCCGAAGAAGCCUGAGCCUGGAUUGGUCCAAGGCCAGUCCUUACGACCAGCCGGUGGUCACCACCCUGCAGCGGAGGAAGGACCGCGUGGAGCAUCUGCGGGAGGCCGAGAUGGGCUCCGCCAGCAUGGGGUACCCAGGAAUUAACCUGGAGGACGUGCCCAGGCCCAGGAUGUCCCCAGCUACCAUCGCCGCCAAGCAUGGUGAGGAGGUGUCCCCUGCUGCCAGCGACCUGGCCAUGGUGCUCACCCGUGGCCUGAGCCUCGAACACCAGAAGAGCAGCCGGGACUCCCUGCAGUACUCCAGUGGCUACAGCACCCAGACCACUACACCGUCCUGCUCAGAAGACACCAUCCCGUCUCAAGGCUCGGAUUACGACUGCUACUCGGUGAACGGAGACGUGGAGUGCGACAGCCAGAGCGAGUUUGACAAAUCCUCCACCAUCCCGCGCAACAGCAACAUCGCCCAGAACUACCGCCGCAUGAUCCAGACCAAGCGCCCCGCCUCCACUGCUGGGCUGCCCACCGGGACCCCCCUGCCGGCCAGUGCCCCCCCUGGCGUGGCCACCAUCCGCCGCACGCCCUCCACCAAGCCCUCAGUGCGCCGCACCCUCUCCAACGCCGGGCCCAUCCCCAUCCGGCCCCCUAUCGUCCCGGUAAAGACCCCCACGGUUCCAGACUCCCCUGGCUACACAGGGCCCACCCGGGUGGGCAGUGAAGAGUGUGUAUUUUACGCCGACGACGCCUCGCCAAACGCCAUGGACUUCGCCAAAGCCUCGCCCAAGAGGCUCAGCCUCCCCAACACAGCCUGGGGUAGCAACGCCAUGGAGAUCUCGGUGUACCCGGGCGCAGGGCAGCACCUCUCUGCGGAGGAAGAGGAGGACCAGCAGCUGGCCGCCAACCGGCACAGCCUGGUGGAGAAGAUUGGCGAGCUGGUGGCCAGUGCCCGUGCCCUGGGUGAGGGCCAAUUCCCCUUCCCCACCGCUCUCUCUGUCCCUGGCCCUGGAGUGGAGAUGCCCACUCUGCCCCCAGCUGCCUCCAGCGACCCCCCUGCAGAAGACAUGCUGGUAGCCAUCCGGCGCGGGGUUCGCCUGCGCAGGACCAUCACCAACGACAGAUCCGCCCCACGGAUAUUGUGAUGACACUCCCCCUACCCACCGCAUCCCAUGGGAAGAGAGCGAACACAGGGUCCGGACUGAGCACAGAAGAGAAAUCAAUCCAAUAAAGAAUCACUGAGGCAAAGCCACUUUAUGGAGCUAGAGACGAGUUUAGAUUUAAAUGGAAAUUUAAAAGUCUUCGCUAACAAACUUGCAAGGCGCCGCCUAGGAGGCACUGAACUGGUUUUGGAGCCUAUUUUAUAUUUCAUUUCUCACGCCCUUCUGCUCCUCCUAGUUCCCCAUCCCCUCCCCACACCUUGCUCCUGGCUGUUAAAGACUCCUUGCUGCCAGCAGGAGGCAGCGCUACAAGAGGGGGCCACCCCCACUGUGUGUUGCGGGGGGUGGAGGGGGAGCACAAACCUGGACUCAAAUAAGCAGCUACAUAAUAAGUAUAAAGAACACACACAGAUAGACACACAACGCCCAGGACUGCUGGCUGCUGUUCCCCGACAAGCCACCUCCCUCCUCUUCCUCGGGAUGUCACUGCCUCCCCAAUAUGCCUUUGCUGGCAGAGCAGCUGCCCCUACAUGUGUGCCCCCUGGGAGUGGAUUUGGGGGCUAGCACUUCAUAGUCUCCGGUUGAAAACUUGGCACUGUACCAAAAGCCAGGCUCUCUUCCCCUCCUGAGUAGCUGAGAUGUGGAAGGACUUCCCCGGCUCUGCCCAGACCUCAGGCCAGGGGUCUUGGGUACAUGUGUUUCUCAGGAGGUUAGACUGCUUGUGUGGGUCUCUAGCCACGUAGUGACAAGGCAGGGGUAGGGGUGCCCAUCUACAGCUCUGCUAGCAACCAGCAGCAUUGGUAGUUUAAAGGAACCGGCCUGCUCAAGAGUUACCUUUUCCCGCAUCCAGCUUCACAGCCCGCAUUUGCCCUGGGGCUGGUUACCGAAGUCCAGGGUAAAGGGGUUGCCAGACAGCUAGGAAUCCAGCAGGCUUCUGCGAGGUGAGCCUCGGAGUGUGCAGGGGGAUCUGGGGUUGGGUGUCCUGGGGCUGUUUGUGCAGCACAGUCCCUAGCUGGGUGUUUGCAUGAGUGUGUGUCAAGCUGGGGGGUUGCAUGUGUGCCUGGCUGUGGAUGGAUGCAGGGUUUUGCAGCACGGCGGGGGGUGCAUCUGCCCACACUUACUCCUGCUCUCCCCUAACAGUCGUAGCCGCCAGAUCAGCACGAACACGGAACGCUGACCUGGAACGGGACAGCCAGCACCGGGCCCCGGUGGAUUUGUCAUGGUGAAGUGCCCGUGAGCUGGGAGGCCCAUCCCUGGCAUUAAGCUACACAGGGCUGUGCCGCGGGGACUCAGUGCCCUGUGCCUUCCCUUUCCCAGUAAGAUGCCAUCCCAUGAGGAAUGGGAAUCUCAGGUCUUGCUCAGUGGCCAUUCUCCCCCUGCCCCUCCAGACUCACAGCCAGUCUCACCUACUCCACACCCGGUCCCAUUGAAAAGAAUGGGGACUCCCCACACAGGAAGGUGUUACUCAGUGGGAGUAAAGGUGGCAGAGUCAGACCUGCCUCUUUUACAAAACAUCCGUUAGCCUCAGUGGCCGCGGCCUGCGAAAGCACCGACUGGAUACACGGUGGGCAGAGCUGGCAGGCCAGAGCCCAUAAGCCCUGCUGGAUUUCUCUCAGUGAGGACAUGGUUCUCAUUGGAGCACAGGGGGACCCUAGAUCACAGCUCCUUGUCACUGAGCUCUGAUGGUAAAUUUAACGCUGCUUAGCCCAAGGUCUCCGGGGGCUAAUGAUCAUGAGCAUCCCAAUAAUCAUGGCCUCGUGGCAUCUCCCAGCACCAGGUUACUGGGCACCUGCUUUCCCACGACUGCCAACCUGAUGAGGUGCUGCGUCCUUCCUCAGAAGUCAAUGGUGAAACCAUAGACUGGGGCACAAUCACUGUCCCUGCAUUAACUGGAUUUCGAGUUAGAGGCAGUAGAGCCACCGAAGGGUUAAUUUUGGAGGUGGGAGGGUGGGGACAGAUUUAGGGAUGACCGUCUGUGUUCUGUUCAUAACCUGGUCUGAUGGACACACCUCCCUCAUUGCUUAUAAGCUGGGCUUUGCCAUGGUGGUUGGAUAAAUACAGUGAGAGAACAGGAACGGGGAGCUGCUGCAGGCCAGUGCACUUCCGUAAAGACCUUGCAGCAGCUGUGCCAAAGGAAGGGCUCGCUGAUUCAGCAUGAUCUGGAUCGCUUGGUAAACUGGGUGCAAGCAAACAAUACUCAUUUUAAUAGGGGUAAAUGUCCAAGUACACAUCUGGUAACAAAGAACAUAGACCAUGCUUGCAGCCUGGGGGACUCUCUCCUGGCACGCAGGGACUGAAAGAGAUUUGGAGGUGUGGGUGGAUAAUCAGUGAACGUGAGUUCCCAGUGCAACUCUGUGGCCAAAAGAGCUAAUGCUAUCCUGGGGUGCAUCAAUGGGAAUGAUGAGUAGAAGCAGAGAGGUUCUUUUGUCUCUGUAUUUGGCACUGGUGCGACCACUGCUGGAAUCCUGUGUCCAGGUCUGAUGCUCACCAUUCCAGAAGGAUGUGGGUAAAUUGGAGAAGGGUCAGAGAAGAGCCACGAGACUGAUUAAAGGCUUAGAAACCCUGCCUUGGAGUGACAGACUCAAGGAGCUCAGUCUAUUUAGCUAACAAAGAAAAGGUUAAGGGGUGACUUGUAGAUUCUUAUAGAUUGUGAUCGUGGGGAGCAACCAUUGAAUAAUGGGUGCUUCCGUCUAGCCGAUGAAGGUCUAACACAAGCCAGUGGCUGACAGUUGAAGCUAGACCCAUUCAGACUGGAAAGGAGGUGUACAUGUUUCAUGGGUAGAGUAAUUAGCCAUUGGAGUGAUUUAGCAAGGGUCGAGGUGGAUUCUCCAUCAGUGACAAUGUUAAAAUCAGGACUGGCUGUUUCUUAAAAAGCUCUGCUCUAGGGAUUACUGUGGGGAAGUCCUAUGGCUGGUACCAUGCUGGGGGGGGGGGUCAGACCAGGUGAUCCCAGUGGGCCCUUCUGGUCUUGGAAUCUGCAUCUAUGCCUGGCCUCCUCCAUGCCAUGCAUGUUGAGCUGGUAGAGUGUGAGGGUGCUCAAGCUGUCUGCCUCUUGCCCUUCCCUGCUUCCACCCCCACCCCAAACCUACAACAUCUGUACUGGCUGACAGAAGGUGACGUUGGGAAGGAGGAGGGAUUUGUGAUGAGUGAGUGCGUGACUGGAGGGGAGGAAGCUAGGGGCAGGGUGUCCUGGCUGAACGGCAGUGGCUAUGUGGUCUUUAAGGUUUGGGUUUGGAAAGGGGAGAGCUGGUCUUUCCCGCAUCUGAUUGGAUAGGAAUGAAUAGUACUCAACCAGCUUGCUAGAGAAAUGAUGAGUUAUGAUUGGUUGAGAGCUGAUCUAAUCCACCCCCCUCCCUUCCUCACCCCUUUACCUUAAGAAGCCAGAAGCACUGGCCUUACACCCAGGAUAGCUCAGAGGUGCCAUCGUCACCAGGUGGCCGACAGCAGUGCGGUGGGGACAGAGAACCACCAUUUGGUUAUUACAGGAGAAGGGAGCCACACGAGGGCUACCCUUGGCCUGCUGUAUUUUGCACUGAACAGUAGCUGAGCAGAAGGGAUCCUGGAGCAAUGGGAGCCAUGUCAAAGACCCUGGAUAGGCAGACUGAGCUACUAUGGAUAGAAUGGCCCAGUGAUUGGGGAUCUCCAUUGAUUUUGGUGAGUUGCACCGGAGAUGAGCAGGGCCCGUUGAUUUUGGUGGAGUCACACUGUAGUUGACUCCCAUGGUUUUGAUCUUACUGUUCAUCUCUCCUGUAGCCUGCCAGGCUUUCAACAGCAUGCUGGGGGUUGGCUCUCCUGUUCCUUGAGAAACAUUUCAGCCAAGCAGAGCAGCCCUGUGCCUCUCUGAAGUAGAUGUGUGAUGGGCGGGGCUGGAGAGGGGGGAUUGCAUUAAGAAUAAAGGCCAAGCUAGUAGCAUGUACAAUCCACCUCUGAUGUGAAAAGCAAAGGUCUCUGAACUGCAGCCAAGGAGCCGCGUCCCUGGGCUCCGAAGGUCUUAGUCUUUUUGAAAAUGGUUAUUUUAAGGAUCUGUAAAAGGCCUUUAAGAAAGCACAACCUCUUCUUCCUCCCUCCCUGGCCUUUUCUUUCGCCUUCUCUCUCCCGCUCCUCAUGCAAAGCACAGCAGAUCACCACGAUGUACAUAGAUCCAAAGGGGAGUUCCCAGCCCGCCCCACCAGCCCAGGGGUGUGUGGGUGUGUGUGUGUAUGUGUGUGUCGCAUCUCAACCCUGUUACUCUUACACUGUGUAAUAAAGAUUAGUUAUAACCUCUCUCCGUCCCGUCUCUCCUGCCCCUCUUAUUGUGACCAGAGCUGAUGAUGACGCGUGACAACUGUUUGUUUUUUGGUUUUAUUUUUCAUUUUGUACAGAGAAAAAAAUUUCCUUUUAAAAAAAUGUCUUUCGACUGAAGUAACUUUUCUGGUGCUGUUGUUAACUUGUUCCUUUUUUUAAUUUAUUUCCCCCCCACACCCCUGCUACCCUUUCCUCACCCUCUCUUUUUCUUUUGUUUUUUGGAUAAUUAUCCUGUUCCCCACCCCAUCCUUGAUUUAAAUAGUCACUGCUACAAGUAACGAAUGCACUGUGAAGAUUCCAGUAUUAAUAAAAGUUGUACUGUAAUUAAUA